AUGUCGUGGUUCUGGUCCUCAAGCUCAGCUGCUGAAUCAACUUCGAACGUCUAUGAUGGUCUCGAUGCUGACUUGAAAGACUUUGCGCAAGGCAAGACGCCAAAUGCCGGCAAGGCAGACGCUCACACUGCUUCUGGACCUCGGCCUACUCUGGGCGACACGGUCGACCUUGUCAAACAAAGCACUAAAGCUCGGCGAUCGCUUGUGAAUGCGGGCGCGGUAUUUAAUUGUGCCUUGGCCGAGUCUGAGCUGAAUGAGUGCUUUCGUUCCGGCUCAUGGUGGGACAAGGCCAAGCUAUGUGAGAUACAAAAGAAGGCCUUCUGGGAAUGUUUGAGCAUCAACAAGCAAGAGCUGAUGAACAAUGGCUACGGCCAGUAUGGCAAUGGCGAAGAAAAGAAUGCCGCUUUGUUGGAACAAGCAGAUGAAAACUACCUCAGACAAGCGCGUGAAGCAGCCGCUGCUGAAGGCACGCCAAGCUAG